AUGGCCGGACGAUCGCCCUCUCCAUCGCUCUCGUGCUUGGCCUCCGCACCCAGCAUGAAGCAGAGCAGUCGCCGCCGUCCCCGUCUGCCCCGAGCCGUCUCGUCGUGCUCGCCCGCCCUCUCUGAUGAUUCCCUGACGGCGACGCUGAAGAGCCUCACCACCGACGAGGCCAAGGACGUCUUUGCUGUCCUUACCCACGCCUCUCCCCGGGCCUCUCCCAGCCCCAGCGGCCUCUCCGUGUCGCCGAGCCCCAGUGGUUAUCCUCCUGGUGCUGCUUCGCCAACACGACAGACAUACCUCGACGAGACCCCCGGCAGGAGGAAGAGCAAACCUAUCGCCAUCCAGCCGCCCCGGCAUGCGCGUACCGUGUAUACUCCGUUGUCAGCGAGGGGUGAUCUCCCAGGAGGCUACUUCCCCAACCACGAGACUUUCCCUCGACAAUACAAGCCUCACCCCUUCAAACCUGAAUCCACACCCUCGUCGCCCGCCAUGUCGAGCGCCUCCUCGCCCGUGUCGACGCCCGCAAUCUCAACCCCGAGGAUCCCGCCGUCUGCCCUCCCGGUCUCCUACAGCCCCGAGCUCAUGUCCAUCCCCAUAGGCAAGUACCAUCCAUCCAACUACAAGCUCGUCUCGCCGUCGACCUCCACGCCGCCCACCUCGACCUCGCCCACCUCCACGCCGCCAACGAACGUCACUCCGCCAACGAAUCUGGAGAUCCCAUCCGAGGGCAAGAAGAGCAAGCGGCCAUCACAAGAGAGACGCCCGAGCGAAGUGAGGAAGAAGGUUCAGCAGUAUCAGCGGGACAUGAUCGCGCAGGCGAGGCGCGCUGGUCUGCCGGACUCGUCGGUCCAGGGGAGUGCAAAAUCUACGAAGCCGAUCAGUCCGCGUCUGCUACCGUUGGGUAGUCCUGGACCCAUCACGCCAUUGGAGCUGGAGGAGAGUGCCGGCUACCUGGUUGCCGGUGCUCGGGGAGAGGGACUGGUCGGGAGAGGGUCAGAGAGAGAGAGGGAGAUGGUGGGGAGGAUGAUCCGGAGCGAGCAGGAGCGGGACCUGACGCAGGGGACACAGAGCUCGACUGUGAAGGUCUGA